GGAAGGUAUAAAAAGGGAGCGAGAUGUUCAAAGUACUAGUGUUUCAAGCACUUCUUAGCCACCAGAAGAAAGAAGACGAAGAAUAAGACUAUACUGAUCUCGUUGACCAAGAUGUUCUUUAAAUCCAAUCCCGUUUUGGUGAUUUUCGUCAUUUUAUUUUUCAUCUUCAACAUUGUUCAUACAACCUCGCUGGAGAAUGAAGAUUACAUUGAAAACGAUCCAGCACUGAACACCGAACAAUCGAGUGAUGAAGGCGAGGACAAGAGAGCUAUCCGCAUUCGAUGCUACUGUUGGAUUGGCUGGGUUAAAAAGAAGAACACGAAGUACAUAAACUUCGGCUCUAUUCGUAAAUUCAAGCUGUUCGAAACGAAAAAGCAUAGCAAAUGUUCUGCUUCCUGCUCCAAGAAGUGUGCUCCUUACCUCAAACCAAAUUACUUCAACUACUUGUGUGGUAAGAUCGGCAAAAAAUACCACUACAAGGAGCACAAGGUGGGGUGCUUCAGCAGGGUUGGCAAAUUUGAUCUGCCCAACAAUCUAUGGGACUUUGACGGUUCUCCACACGGCCUCUGCUGCAAGAAAGUCAUGAAAUCCUGCACUUCGGUAUAUGGUACUGGAUUUUAUUACCACAGUGGCUUGAAGCUAUGUAUCAAAUAUCUUGCACCAGGUCCUAUUCCUGGCUUCUCGAAUGGCACUAAAAAGCCUCCACUCUGUUUUUAUUGGAACAAAUUGUACGCUUGCCAGCCUCCAAAAUAUUACACAAAAUCUGUGCCUUGCUGGUGAAGAAUGUUUUUUCUUGCACUCUUGAUAAGGUUUUAUUUGGCUUAAGCGAUAAUCCAUCUUCUUUUAACGACUGGGGGCUCAACUGCAUGUGAUAACAUCUGUGGAUGGUAAGAAUCAAGACUGACUGAAGUUAUGCAGUUUGUCUUGUAGUUAAGGAAAUCCAUCUAAAUCAUUUUUUAUCAAUAAACUAAGAUUAAAAGGUU